GCACAAGUUGAAGCACGCGCUCGUUCAGUUUAGGAGAAGCAGUCCAGGAGCACCAUGGCGUAAGAAGCUGUCAUCGGUGUUCGGAGCGAAACAAACACAACAGCGGGCUUUUAUUCUGACAGACGGUUCGGUGUGACUGCUGACGCUCGGCCCAGCCUUUAGCUAGGUUUUCAUCUUUCUUCGUUACUUGUGGUGUUCGCCGAAGAGAAGCGGAGUUUUGACAGCUAGCGUUUACAUGCGCCGCCUGACCAUUAAAGCAGAGGCUAACGGACGCUUCCCCGGUGGGAGCUAGCUAUCGAUCCGUCGGCUAUUUCUGCGAGCUCUCCGUUCGCGGAGCUGUUAGCCGAUCGAUAAGAAGACAGCGUCGUUCCGUGAACUGUUGCUGUUUUCUACACUAUUACCAGACAGCCCUGCUGAUGCCAGUUCUAAUAUAACGUUACUCUGAGCCGUGUGCGUCGUUGGUAUUUGUGGGCGAGGAUCUGUUAGAAACAUGUCAGACAACCAGAGUUGGAACUCCUCCGGGUCCGAGGAAGAUUUGGAGCCCAGGGAGGACUGCGGGCAUCCCGUUAAUGUUGUUGAGUUAAGCGGAGUCCUCAGUAAGUGGACAAACUACAUCCAUGGCUGGCAGGACCGUUGGGUUAUGCUAAGGAACAACACGCUGAGCUACUACAAGUCUCACGAUGAGACGGAAUAUGGCUGCCGGGGUUCUCUCUGCCUCAGCAAAGCUGUCAUUACUCCUCACGAGUUUGACGAGUGUCGGCUGGACAUCAGUGUGAACGACAGCGUGUGGUACCUGAGAGCACAAGAUCCAGAGCACAGGAACCAGUGGAUCGACUCCAUCGAACUGCACAGGAGCAUCAGAGAGGGGAGGAGAGAGAAGGGAGGAGUCCAGGGAACGAUCAUCAUCCCUCCACCACUGGCUGACUCUGGAUAUGGCUCUGAGUCCAGUCUGCGGAGACACGGCUCCAUGCUGUCACUCACGUCAGCCACCAGCGGCUACUCCACCACCUCUACCUCCUCAUUCAAGGGUCACAGCCUCCGAGAGAAGCUUUCAGAGAUGGAGACAUUCAGAGACAUCCUGUGCAGGCAGGUGGACACGCUUCAGAAAUACUUUGAUAGCUGUGCAGACGCCGUGUCCAAAGAUGAGCUGCAGAGAGACAAAAUUGUAGAGGACGAUGAAGACGAUUUCCCGAGCACCCGUACAGAUGGAGAGUUUCUGCACAACAACGGCAGCAAAGAAAAAUUGUUCCAGUCUUUAAGUCCCAAAGGAAUCAACGGGAUAGACUUUAAGGGCGAGGCCAUCACGUUUAAGGCCACCACUGCUGGGAUCUUAGCCACCCUGUCCCACUGCAUCGACCUGAUGGUGAAGAGAGAGGACAGCUGGCAGAAGAGACUGGACAAGGAGAUGGAGAAGAGGCGAAGGAUAGAGGAGAGCUAUAAAUCAGCCCUCAGUGAGCUCAAGAAGAAGUCUCACUUUGGAGGUCCAGAUUACGAGGAAGGCCCAAACAGCCUGAUCAACGAGGACGAGUUCUUCGAUGCUGUGGAAGCGGCUCUGGACAGACAAGAUAAAAUCGAGGAACAGUCUCAGACAGAGAAGACAAGGAUCCAGCGGUCCAGUCCUCUUCCCCCUGAAGAUGUUUAUUCCUGCUCCGGCUCACACAGAUUUUCUGAGAAGCCUCAUAGUGAGGUAGUCAGGGCCCGUCCAAAAGAUGUCCACAGAUUCAGCACAGAGGUGGAGGAGAUGGUGCAGAAUCACAUGACCUACUCCCUGCAGGACGUCGGCGGGGAUGCUAACUGGCAGCUUGUUGUAGAGGAGGGAGAAAUGAAGGUAUACAGGAGAGAAGUGGAGGAGAACGGGAUUGUACUGGACCCGUUGAAGGCUACUCACUCAGUGAAGGGGGUGACCGGUCACGAGAUCUGCCACUACUUUUGGGACACAACGUACCGCAACGACUGGGAAACUACCAUUGAAAACUUCAACGUCCUGGAGACGCUGUCAGACAACGCCGUCAUCGUCUAUCAGACACACAAGCGGGUGUGGCCUGCAUCUCAGAGGGACGUGUUGUACCUGUCUGCUAUGAGGAAGAUGGUGGCCAACAAUGAGAGCGACCCAGACACGUGGCUGGUCUGUAACUUCUCAGUUGAUCACAACGACGCUCAGCCAACCAGCAGAUGUGUUCGUGCCAAAAUCAACAUCGCCAUGAUCUGUCAGACGCUGGUCAGUCCACCAGAGGGCGACAAAGAGAUCAGCAGGGACAACAUCCUGUGUAAAAUCACCUAUGUAGCCAAUGUGAAUCCAGGAGGGUGGGCUCCUGCCUCCGUGCUCAGGGCUGUAGCUAAGAGGGAAUAUCCCAAAUUCCUCAAGCGCUUCACCUCAUAUGUGCAAGAGAAAACUGCCGGCAAGCCAAUUCUCUUCUGAGACUUACAGGAAGAGGAGACGAGGACAGAGCUGCAUCUGAAGCUUGGAGGACCCUCGACCUGAAGAACAGCAGCUGCUUUGACACAAAAAGACAGGAACGUACCACUUUACCCGGGUGGAGGAAUCGAGUUAAUCCCCGACCCAAAUAGUCGGCAUUUUUUAUUUGGUAUAAUUCUUUCACCACGCUUCAGUUUGGGUUAGCGUUCCCCAGCAGCUCCUGAUGCUGCAUCAGGAGGCAGACGUUCAGGUUCUUCCUCCCUUUAGGCAGACAUUUACAUGUAAGUACGAACUGUAAGAAAUUUGUAAAAAAGAUUUAAAACCGUAGAUUUUAGACUAAAAUAUAUAUUUCACGUUUUUUUUUUCUUUUUGUUCAUUUCAAGCCUUCGUUGAAGCUGCUCAUAUUUCCCUGUCGUUAGGCCCACAGAGCUGUCUGUUAUGUGUUCCUCUGAUGAAUCCACCUGAUACCGGUGGUGAAGGAGGACCAAUCAGAUCAUCUGAAAUGUACAAAGUUAGCUUUUUGUUCAUUCUCAGUGUUGACGUUAAUAUUUCUGACAUUUUAAUCACCUGUAAAUAGUUCCGUUUGUGCUGAAGGUCUGCAAGCUUAGCCCGGAUGCCUUAGUGUUGUAGGAAACCGUAGCUCCAGAUGGGGUGAAGGUGGUGAAGUGCCUCAUGGCUGUGUUCUAGUUACCAAUGUUUUAUCCUCGUAAGUCUUCUCCAUUUCAUUUAGAAUGAUUUUUACUGCUGAAUUAACAAUGAGGUUUGUUUUUCGCUCCCAGAUGGCUGACAGGAUUGUUUUACAAAUUCCAGUAUUAAGAUUUCUGGUUAAGUUUCAGUUCAUCAUCCAGUUUUUGUCAGUAUUUAAUUAGUUACAUGUGGCCUGACGGCUACCAGUACCAGUUUUUUUUUUCCCACCAUUUAAAAACAUUAAUACAUGAUUGUGUAUUUUCCACGAGUUUAGUGUGUGUAAGUUUUAGUCAGAAUGGUGUGAAACUACAGCCUUCUAGUUUUUCUGCACUUUUUCCUUUGUUCUGCCAGACCUCUAGGUUGUCAUCAGCCUUUGGUUUUGUUGCUAAAGGAGACUAAAUGAAGCCAGAUGAUGCUCAGCCUUCCAGCUAAGUGGAACGAUGCCAGAUUUAAGCUCUCAUCUAAAACGAAUGUUUCCAACAUGAGUUAUACAUCUGAAUGUACGUAAACCUUUUUUUGUUAAUUACUUCAAAUUCUGUGGGAUCAUCUAAAUGAGCUCACGUGGCCUCUCUUCUGCCCCGUUUUCAAAGUGAAAUAAAUAAAUGUUCGCUCUAGUUUUCCA